CAAAAAUUCAAUCCGGCGAUUCGCAUGUGACCAUGCCUUCCUGGAAGAUAGCAGGGCGCCCACUUUCACUCUGCACCAGAACAUUUGCCACAUACUCCGGACUUUCCUCAACUGGCCAAACCUACAUUGAAAAGAUCGUGCAAAAGUAUGCUGUCGAUUUGGCCCCAGGAAAGCUGGUCAAGGCAGGAGAUUAUGUUAUGAUCAAACCGCAAAAUGUGAUGACUCACGACAACACUGGGCCUGUUAUAUCCAAAUUCAAAUCCAUAGGCGCUAGCCGUGUUCACGAUCCUCAUCAACUUGUCUUCACACUCGAUCAUGAUGUGCAGAACAAGUCACCAAAGAACUUGGCCAAAUAUUCUUCCAUAGAGGCAUUUGCUAGAAAGCACAAUAUAGACUUUUAUCCUGCUGGACGGGGAAUCGGACACCAAAUACUCGUUGAAGAAGGAUAUGCAUUUCCUCAUUGCCUUACUGUCGCCAGUGACAGCCAUAGCAACAUGUAUGGAGCCGUUGGCUGCGUGGGCACUCCCAUCGUAAGGACAGAUGCGGCAGCUUUGUGGGCGACUGGAAAGACAUGGUGGCAGAUUCCUCGGAUGGUCAAGGUCGAACUCAGGGGCCGUUUGCAUCCUGGGGUAUCCGGGAAAGAUGUUAUAGUCGCCCUUUGCGGUUCCUUCAACAAGGACGAGGCCCUGAAUGCUGCUAUCGAGUUCGUGGGUGAAGGAGUGGCUGCUCUCAGCGUGGACGAGCGGCUGACAAUAGCGAAUAUGACGACUGAAUGGGGUGCCUUAGCCGGAGUCUUUCCUGUAGAUGGUACCCUGAUUGCUUGGUAUGAGAACCUUAUCUCUAAAGUCGAAAACAGCACCUUCCCUUCCUCGACACCACGACUGGAAGCUAUAAAAGCAAACAAAAUUGUGUCUGACUCCGAUGCUGGGUACUCUGCGCAUCUGACAUUUGACCUGAGCACCCUGAUCCCGCACGUGUCUGGCCCGAACAGUGUCAAAAUAUCAACCCCACUUCCUGUCCUGGAAGCGAAGAAGAUCGAAAUCCAGAAGGCAUACAUCGUUAGCUGCACCAACGCACGAGCUUCUGAUCUUGCAGCAGCUGCUGCAGUCGUUCGAGGCAAGCGCGUAGCAUCUGGUGUCGAGUUCUACGUUGCCGCCGCAAGCUCCGUUGUUCAGCAGGAAUCAGAGAACUCCGGAGACUGGCAAGCUCUGGUAGCAGCUGGUGCGAAGGUCUUACCAGCAGGAUGUGGGCCUUGCAUUGGAUUAGGCACCGGCCUCUUGGAAGAGGGGGAAACUGGGAUCAGUGCAACGAAUCGCAAUUACAAGGGUCGCAUGGGGAGUCCCAAGGCGCAAGCCUACCUUGCCAGCCCCGCCGUUGUGGCAGCUAGCGCUAUCAACGGCUACAUCUCUGGACCAGCCGAAUCACAGUCGUCCGCAGCUAAUCCUCCUUCGUAUUCUCACUCUUCCGUUUCCUCUCCCGCUCCCGAUGAUACCUCCGUGGAGCCCUUAGUCGACUCUUUCCCCCGGGUUUUUGAGGGUCCUCUCUUAUUCGCCCCCCAGGACAAUCUCAACACUGACGCUAUAUAUCCAGGCAAGUAUACAUACCAAGAUGACAUCACCCUCGAGCGUCAAGCAGAGGUUGUCAUGGAAAAUUACGAUACCACAUUUGCCGGAACCGUCGCUUCCAUUGUGCCUUCGCUCAACCCUACCUCUCCAGACGGCAAACCAGGUGUUGUCCUUGUAUCUGGAUAUAAUUUCGGUACAGGGUCGUCGCGCGAGCAGGCGGCGACAGCCCUAAAAUCAGCCGGUGUCAAUCUCGUCAUUGCAGGAUCUUUCGGUGACAUUUUCAAACGAAACGCUAUCAAUAACGGGCUGAUAUGCCUAGAGUGCCCCGAGCUUGUCGUAGACCUUACGAAACAAUUCGCCCAAGGAGGCACGCGAGGUGCAGGUGGUAUCAACGGUGAGCUUACUGUCCAACCAGGCUGGUAUGUCAAAGUAGGGAUGGACAAUGGAAGCGUGCAAGUUAGCAUACCCAAGGACGGAACGGAACGGAAGUACAGAGUGAAAGCCAUAGGAAGCAGUGUUCAAGAAUUGUGGUUAUGUGGCGGAUUGGAGGGCUUUGUUCUCAAGUCGAUCCAGCGACAGCAUUUGGUGUAGCUCAUUAUCUCGGAGGGCGCUUACAUAAUCAAUCUCAUGGAAUGCUCAUUCCGCCAGCAUUCCGCAAUGUUAUGUAAGGAUAAGACGCCCGAUGCGGCAGAACCCGCCACUCUUCCCGCCUCUUAACUUUUAAUCAGCCUGCUAAUCGCAUUUUACUGAUCUGUAUUGAGGGUCCGGAGCCAGGCACUUCUCAUACAUCCAAAUGUGGAGUGCAGUAUCACAUGGGUAACAUAGCGAAGAACACCAGGACCCUAACCCAUCAUUUCUCGUCUGGUUGCUCACGCACAAGCAGAGAAUUAUUCCCUGGGUCCUGUUGAUGC